GGAUAUAAUCUCAAAAGUCUCGGUCUUCAUUUUCGUUUUUCCAUCUGCUUCGCUUCCAAAUCUCUAUUUCCUUCCUACUGUCUCCCCAUCUGAUCAUCUAUGGCAGCUACACUCGAUCCGAAGAAGCGCACCACCGCAGCGACUUCCCCAGUUUUCAUCACAGCAGAUUCGCUCCACUCCAUUCUUUCUCACGAUUCUCUAAUCCGAUACUUCAAUACUCAUCUCCCUACAGUCUCACAAACGCUGAAUUCCCCAACCCGCCAAAGCUAUGGCGUCUCCUCGUCCUCUUCUCUCCUCCUCAUGCCCUCCUGGUCCUCCUCGCCUUCUCUCCCCUACAUAGGGGUAAAGCUUGUCACCUCCUUCCCCGAGAACUCCAGUUUGAAUUUGCCUGGAAUCCACGCUAGUUAUGUGCUAUUUAGCUCUACGACUGGGCAAACUUUGGCCACCAUGGAUGGUACUAUAUUGACCCUCUAUAGAACAGCCUGCGUAUCUGGGUUAGCCUCAAAGAUCUUGUCCAGACAGGACUGCAAAGUCCUUGUGAUGAUCGGUGCGGGUGCCUUGGCUCCCCAUUUGAUCAAGGCCCAUCUCGCGGCGAGGCCAAGUUUGAGUAGGGUAAUCAUUUGGAACAGAACGAUGGAGAAGGCUAAGGGUUUGGCAGAGAAACUGGAGGCGGAGUUUGCUGGUGAGGUAGGUUUUGAGAGCGGAGAGAAUUUGGAGGAAAUUAUCGGAUUGGGUGAUAUUGUAAGUUGUGCAACAAAUGCUGAAGCGCCAUUGGUGAAGGGUGAGAAGUUGAAGAUGGGAGCUCAUUUGGAUUUGGUAGGUUCGUUUAAGGAGACAAUGAGGGAAUGUGAUGAUGAGGCCAUAAGAAGAGGUAAAGUGUUUGUUGACAAUGAGGCUGCAUUGGUUGAGGCAGGGGAGUUGGUGGGUGUUUUUGAGAGAGGAGUGAUUAAGAAGAGUGAUAUUGGAGGAAAUUUGGUGGAAUUGAUCAAUGGACAGAAGGUUGGCAGAAGAGAGUCUGGAGAGAUUACGGUGUUCAAAUCUGUGGGUUCUGCUGCUGUGGAUAUUCUUGCUGCACAAUUUGUGUAUCAGGCUUACAUGGGACGUGAAGUUUGAUGCGUGCUUAUGCUCGUGCAUCCAAAUAAUCAGCACAUUUGCCUUGGAAGUCCUUGGAUUACAGGUCCAAUUCUAUCUUGAUUUCUCUUUCGCGAUUAGCAUAAUAUAAAGCCAAGUUGAGCAAAAAGCUUCUGAGAAUAAUCCCUUAUUGAAUACUGCUAAUAUGCUUGAGCUUAGGAUAUUUCUUAGAGACCUCCAAUUCAUGACUCUCAUUGUAUGUGGCAUGUGUUGGUAGAAUGGGGGUCAUAAAUUGGGAGUCUAGACCAUUUUUCUAUUUAUUAA